UGUUGCACCUUCUCCCGGUGUCAGCCCGAGGGGCGCAGCGCAGGAGGGCUACUCCCCGGCCCCUUCAUUUUAGGGGGAUAUCUCCAAGGGUUGAGUUUAGGGGAUGUGAAUUGGGUCAGUUCGCGCUGGAAAUGUGAGACAGCCGCUGUCUACUCUUUACAUAUACUGCAGAGUGCCUCCCCAUAUAGGAGACCAGAGAAAAGGUGCUGUUUGUGUUUAAAACCCUGCAGUGGCCUUCAGGUGCCAAAAAAUGACAACAAGGCGGCGGAGAAACCAGCUGCGUUCGCCCCAAAAAAAUCAAUUAUCAACAGAGAGAUUUAAUCUGGAGCCCCUGACCUGAGAGCCAAGGCAUAUUCACCAGAAGGACAACGAAAUGGUUUCGUUUCAACACGCACGUCCUGUUUAAGUUACCAAUUCUCCCUUGUGUUUUGGCCCAGGGAGGAUGGUCAGGGGAUGUCAGGCUUUGAUUUCCCUCUUCCAUCCUCCCGGGUAUGAGAGGCUUUCUCCCCACAACCCCCCGCCCCACUUUGUUUUGAUGACUUCGUCCAUGGACCAGAUCUGCCAACCGUCAGCGAAGUGGGGAAUGAACCCAACUGCGACCCAAACCUGCAUUGUAGCUCUGUGGACCUAUAGAUCAGCUCUCCUGGUUACUCAGCACAAGGACAUUGGAAAUAUCAUACUGGGCCAUUGCACGAGGAACAGAGCUUCAGUUGAUCUGAAAGUCCAGGGCUUCGGAGAGUUAUGGAGAUCUGCGAAUGAAUGAAGCUGAUGAACACAGGCCCCUCCCCUCCACACCUGUGGAACCAAGGCGAGUAAGCUGGAUGGGAAGGGCUCCCAUAGCCAAGGAGAUCCACUCCACAUUGUGAAGGUGGGGAAGUUCCUGGCUCUCCUGUUCAGUGGGGAAAUUUAUCCAAGUCAUUCAACCAUCGAGAUGAUCAGCUGCCUGCAGGAAGACAAAGUGAGGCUUCAAGAGGAGCUGAACACGACUGAGCCCCAGCGGCAAGCACUGGGCAGCCCUUCGCAAUCUCAGCUCGAGGGGGUGGAAGCGAAGCUGUCUGACCAGAUGCAGGAACUGAACAGACUGUGCUCUGAGCUGGGCACAACCGACCUGGAGAAGCAUUUGGAAAUACUGGUCCUGGAGAAUGAUCGACUGAAGCAGGAAUUAAAUGGCUGCCAGCUUCAGCUGCAGCAGCUCCGGAUCUCUCUGUCUGGGUGCACCGACUGUGAGCACAGCAAGGAGAACGCACAGUUGCGAGAACAAACAACUGACCUGCAGUUGGAACUGGGAGAGAAGACGCAGCUCCUGGCCGAACUGGAGCAGCAUCUCAAAGAUGUCCUUCAGGAAAAGACUGAAAGGGAGGAGAGGCUGAAUAAACGGAUCAGGGACUGCCAUUUAGCCCUAGCCAAGCAGCCCACACCAUCAGUUAAGUAUAUUACCAAAAAAGUGGAAGUUGAGUCGUCAAGGACAAAGCAGGAUUUGGAUGAAGCCCAGGCCAGGAAUCAUUACCUUCAGGAGCAGAUUGCUAUCCAGAGCCGGCUGCUGACUGAGCAGGAACAACAGCUUCAGGACUCCUGGCGAACAUCAGCCCAGCUCCAAGCUCAGAUCAUGAUGUAUGAAGCAGAACUUGAGCGGACACGAGGGGAGAUGCUUGAGGCAUUUCAAGCAAUGGAAGAUGAGAAGAACCAGGCCAUUGAAGAGGUCUUCCUGCAAGCCCGAACUGAAAUGAAAAAUGUGCACGAGAAUCUGAAUGGUGUUCGAAUGAACCUCCUCUCCAUCCAACCAGCCCUAAAGACUCUAACCAGUGAUUACAACUGCCUAAAGAAUCACGUCCGGGAUUUUCCAUGUCUGCUGCAGGAUGCUGUCAACCAGACGAAGAGGGAGAUCUACCAGGCAGUGGAGGAAGCGCAGAAAACAAAUCAGGAUCUGCUGCACAAGUACAAGCGAGAGAUGCAGCUUCGGAAGAAGUGCCACAAUGAACUGGUACGGCUCCGAGGGAAUAUCCGUGUAUUGUGCAGGGUUCGGCCUGUAAACCAGGACGAUGGCACUGGACCCGACACCAGAAAUAUAAUUUCCUUCGACAAUGAUGAUGAUGCUGUUCUAUAUGUGUCGCACCGUGGCAAAACCUCCAUGUUUGAGCUAGAUAAAGUCUUCCAACCGCAUGCGUUGCAGGCAGAUAUAUUCCAAGAGGUCCAGGCCCUCAUCACAUCCUGUAUUGAUGGGUACAACGUCUGUAUAUUUGCAUAUGGGCAAACUGGCUCUGGCAAGACGUAUACUAUGGAGGGUUCACCCGAAGAUCCUGGAAUCAACCAGCGGGCUCUGCGGCUCCUGUUUGGUGAAGUGGCGGAGAGGUCAGCAGACUGGGACCUGACCAUCACUGUCAGCAUGGCUGAGAUCUACAAUGAAACGCUCAGAGACCUGCUGGGGUCUGACCCCCAGAAGAUUGAGGAUCUAACUAUGAGGAACCUGUUGGCCAAGGACCCCAAUGAGAAGCUGGAGAUAAAGCUGAGCCCUGAUGGCAGUGGCCAGCUCUAUGUGCCAGGCCUGACUCAGAUCAGGGUACAGAGUGUGGAUGACAUCAAUAAGGUUUUUGAACUUGGACGUGUGAAUCGUGCGACAGAUUUUACAAAUGUGAAUGAACGCAGCUCCCGCUCUCAUGCUCUGCUCAUAGUCUCCGUGACUGGGAUAAACCUUACCUCUGGAGUAAGAACGACAGGCAAAUUAAACCUGGUGGACUUGGCUGGGUCUGAGCGUGUUGGUAAAUCAGGUGCAGAGGGACCCCGGCUGAGAGAAGCCCAGAAUAUUAACAAGUCCUUGUUGGCCCUUGGUGAUGUCAUCUGUGCACUGCGCUCCAAGCAACAGUAUAUUCCUUUCCGUAAUUCCAAACUGACCUACUUGCUGCAAGACUCCCUCAGUGGGGACAGCAAAACUCUCAUGAUGGUCCAGGUGUCUCCGAUGGAGAAGAACGUCAAUGAGACAGUUUGCUCGCUCAAGUUUGCUCAGAGAGUGCGCUCGGUGGAACUGGGGGCCAUGGUACGAAGGGCCGAAAGCCAGCACUAUUCAAGCCGCCAAGACUAUGAGUUAGAGUCCCCGUCUGCAGUCGCCCAACAAGGGCGGUUCAACAUCAGCCAUUCAGCAGGGAGCGCUGUUGGGAAAACCACAGCAGGGAAAAGAAGACUAGUGGCUUCAGGUGAAGUAAACCAUCGACAUGGCCCAGCUGCACUGCCUGCACUCUGAGGCUACCUGGAAUAGUGGAAGAUUGGGGAGUAGUGGCCUAUCCCAGUGUACAAAGUUCAGCACUUCAACACAAUCCAGUCAUAGAUUAUAAGCCAAUGUCUGUACAUUUAUAUACAGCCUGUUUUAAAAAGUUGACAGAGUAGAGCUCAUUACUUAUUUUUUAUAUAUGUAUAAACAGAUUUUUAUAUUGUCUACUUUUUUUAACCCAUCAUUUGAUAUCCAAAGGUUAAUGUUCAAUGAGCUCCAGUACAAAUACCUUGUCCUUUUUUUAUUUUCUGUUAAGACCUGUUCACUGACUUUCACCUUUUGCACUGCAAACUGUGGCAGUUUGCUGUCACUAUGGGUUCAGUCAGUAUAUAUACAAUUGGAGGUUACACUAAGGCGGAGCAAAGUACAUACAGUUAUAUAGAAAAAUCAGGGAGACUGACUUAACACUUAGGCAACAUUGUGCCUGGGGAGCAGUGUCCCUCUUUUAGAAACUUUGGUGCCUUUCUCUUUCCCCUCCUCUUCCUCUCUCCACCUCCAUCUCAAUGGCACAUGGGAAAGGUGAUUCUGACUGAUUUAGCAGCUGGGAGAGAAUAAUCCAGAAUGUCUGCUGUUUUGCAAGGAACUGGGGAAUAACCAGAGAAGGGUUGCCAUCCUCUGAAGAGAGGUGAGGAAAAGUAGGAAGUUGGGGGGAUGGUGAGACUUGCCAUCAAAAUAUCAACUUAAAGCUUGGAAAUUCAUAACUCUUUUUCCAUUACCUUGUGUUUUAAUGAAGGUUUACAUUUAAACUAAGGUUAGUUUGACCCUGUAAACCAGCUGCCUCUCCCUUGGCAAGCUAUAUUUAUUUAAAAAUGAACAAGCAAAAGUCUGAAACCAAAGGCAAUUUGACUUUUUACUGUAACUUGCUGCUUUACUGUUCCGCAAAGCCCAUCCAACCCCCUACCUAGCUUAAAAAAAACUGCUCCCCUUUGUGUACUACACCUCAUCCUAUAGAAUCAAAACUCAGUGCCACACUGACUGAGGACACUGGUACUGACCUCUUUCUUGCCAAAUCCAUUUUUCCUCUCUGCACCCCACUUCAGGGAUAUUUAAAAUCUGUGCAAGAACCUAAUGUUACCUAAUUUGAGCUGCUGUAAGAGUAUUUGUCUUGAUGUAAAGUCAAUCUGAUAACUGACUUGUCUCUGAAGUUCAGAGUGCUUUUAAGUUUAAUGUAUAUAAUUAUUCCAACCUGCAUUUUUCAGAAGGAAGGAGAAUUUGCUGUCUAAGGCAGCUUGUUCCCCCUGUUAUGCUUAGCAUGCAAUGUCGUUUUCCCAGUUAGUCUUUACUGUUCCUUCUAGUUGUUAGCAUUUUGGGUUCUGGGGAUAAAACCCAGCUCAUAUUCCAACCCAAUGUGGUUGGAGGUAAGGAAGCCCAGAACUAGCGACAGCACCUCUUGGAGAAAACUUCCAGCAAUGAAUGUUUUAUAAUGCUCAGGGCGACUGCUCAGAAAUUUAGUGUUGACAUUCUGGUUUCUCUCAAUGCCAGUUUGGUCCUUUGCAGUAUUCUGAGAAUCCUGAUCAUUACUCAGUGUAAUGUCAAAAGUUUCAAUAUAUGUUGCUGCCUAUUCAAUUUCAAAUAAAGUCCAGUUUUUUAAGAAA